AUGCCAUUCGUGAAAGUUCGUCCUGCGUUUGGGAAAAAUACAAUUACAGAUUUCCGAAACUACCCAAUUUCUAAUGUUGAAGUGAAUAAAAAGGAAAAAAUAGAUCUAAAACAAUUACAAACUGAAACCAAACUUGAUGAUAUAAAAUGUCCAGAGAAAGACUUUUUAAAGACAUCAGAGAGCAUUAUCAGUAUGCAGACAUUGUGGAAGGAGUUUACAGAAACUACAACUAUGCAUGGUCUACGACAUGCAAGGAAAGAGAGUAAAUAUCAACUUAGAUGGGUGAUAUGGAUAUUUGCUUUGAUAGGUAUGGGAUCACUUCUUAUAUACACGGUAUACACACUGUAUGUGUACUACAGAACCAAUCCUACACUGACCAACAUUAAUAUUAAAUUCGUGAAGGCCAUGAAUUAUCCUGCCGUUACAAUAUGCAACAUGUCGCCACUUAAAAGAACUUCUAUCAACGCCAGUGCGGUAAUGACAACCCAUUUGUUACACAGCAGUCGCCUUGGAGUUGUUUUACCACAUCUUAACUACUCAUCGCCGGCAUUUGCUGAGUUGAACGAUCCUGUGCCAGAAGACUGGUUAAACAAAGCAUCAUUCGAUUUAGUGGAUAUUUUCCAUUACUGUGUAAACGAACGGCAUCUGGUUCCAUGUAAAGACAUAUUAAUUCCUAAAAUAACACAAUGGGGUAAAUGUUUCACAUUUAAUAAUUACCAGAGUGUUGCUAAGAAUGGUAUAGUGAAGGGUAGCAUGACUGGGUCUACAACAGCCUUGACCUUCUAUAUAGAUGUGAAACAGGACGAGUAUGUCUACAAUACCAAUCUUGCUGCUGGUGUGAAAAUAGUCCUUCAUGACCCGGAAGAAGAACCAGACGUAAACAACAAAGGUUUUAUUCUAUCACCAGGAAUGUCAACUUAUGUCUCCAUGAAAAUGACAAAGUACAAAUACUUACCUGCUCCGUACAAGGCUGGAGGUGAUCAGUAUUGUGUGGAUGUCAACUCUGCUGAUUAUGUAAAUCCAUUGAAAUAUUACCCAUACUACAGUCGGGCCGGAUGUCUGUUGGAGUGUCGUAGGAACUAUAUUGUAGAGAAAUGUGGGUGCAGAGCGGUUACUGACCCAGUAUAUGAUUCAGGAAAUGAGACACUUUGCACUCCAGCCCAAACAGCAACUUGCUAUUAUCAGCAUGAAGUUGAGUUUGAUUCAAGUGGAGAACUGAAAGGUCAAUGUGAAUGUCAGAUAUCAUGCGAGUUCACGACCUUUGAUCAGUCAAUCUCGACAGCAUUGUUCCCGGCAGACGUCUAUUACCCGCCACUUCAGCAGAUAGGAUACACAGACAUCAAGAACACAAUCUUGGAGGCAAGAUUAUAUUACGAUUCGCUAAGUUAUUUGUUUGUGGAGUCUAUCCCAGAGUACAAUCCAGAAGAUAUAGUGGGGAUCCUAGGUGGACAGAUGGGGAUUUUUCUCGGUGCAAGUUUGUUGACCGUAUCCGAAUUGUUAGAAUUUAUGAUAUUUUAUUGUCAUAUAUUUCUUUAUAUCUUUGCUGAAGUUCAUUUUUAUAGGUUUUUUUACAGAAAUUCUUAG